AUGACCCAGACCACCUUGAGCUGGCCUGCAGUCGCCAUUAAGGGCCAUUACUCACACCAUUCAAACAGAAAUAUUGCUGCCGAUGUCUUGAGAGCCUACAUCAAUUCUAAUCCGUCCCCGUCUUCAUGCUCAGGCAGACCAUCUCGUGCUCGCUUCUACUCUGCACAACCGGCACCUCGAACCGAUGAUCCUCCUCCCCAUCAUAUUCCAGAGUUGGCCGUCCAUGACAGACGAGGAUCUUUUGCACACCAAGCCAGGCAAAGACUGGCGAACAAGGAGUUCUUCACCAGUCUUUUGAGUUCUGCAGCCACCAAGCGAGAUGCCAAAGCCUAUAUUUCUCGGCUCAAGAGCCCGACCAAGACAAGCCCUGUGCCGAAACCUGCUCCCCGACCGGCAACCACCAAACCAAAGUCCGAGGUGAAUCUCGGGAAUCUCUUUGGCCGAAGUCGAGCAGUGGAAGAGAGCCCUGUCUUUACGCAGUAUGACAAAGAGCUAGAGCAAACCAUUGAAGAGCAGGAGACUCUCCAUGUCGCUUUGGUCAAGCUUAGCCAUGCUAGCGGAAUGACCGAGCCGAUCCUCAAGGGCAUUGCACAAACUUUGUCUUCUCUGUCCCGUCUGAGUAUGGCACCUUGUGUAGUGCUCGAAGAAGCGGACCAGAUCGAUGACAAGGCUCGCCGUGAGUGUCUCACACAAUCGGCCAAUAGGCUCGUUGCAGCAAUCGACCGGAUCAGCGAUUCCGGAGCUAGAAAACUUGACAAUGUCCUGAGCUUCGGUGAUGAUGGUCGACCUCAAGUCUUUCUGAGGAAGCUCCUGACUCGCCCUCUGCGGAGAGGAAGGAUUCCCGUUGUCGUGCCGAUUGCUUAUUCGGAAACGCGACAACAUGCAGUUCCCACCACUGCUGACGAGGCUCUUUUGGCCCUGACCAGGGAACUGGCAGGUUUGAACUUCACACCUCGAGAAGACGACCCUCCAGAUCAUGUGGCUGAGAAAGUUAGUAGGAUGCGGAAACAAAUAUCUCUGGACCGGAUAAUUGUGGUCGACGAGACUGGGUCCAUUCCGAGCACCAAAUCAAUUGACAAGAAACAUGUUUUUGUCAAUCUCGAGCAGGAAUACUCUUCACUACAAGAAGAACUGAGAAGUUCCACCGACGGAGGUGUUUCUCCUAAACAUGCAUCCAAUCUAAAAUUGUUUCGAGAUGCCCUGAGAAUGUUACCACAUUCUUCAUCUGGCCUGCUGACGACGCCGCUCGAGGCGGCAAAUACAUUGAAGGCGGCAGAUGAUCAAGUUUCUAGCGUGGGCACAAGGCGGCAAAAGAACCCUCUGAUUCAUAACCUCUUAACUGACAAGCCGGCGUAUUCUUCAUCCUUACCCACCGGACGUCUAGGUCAGGACACGCCAUCAUCGUCGGCCACCGCCUCGACCUUUGUCAAGCGAGGGAUGCCGCUGACCAUUCUCCCCAACCCUGACGCACAGGCCUGGACAGCAGCCAGGACACCCCGGUUGGAACUGACUGAUCCAAGAAUUGACCUGGACCGACUCACUUACCUGAUCGAUGACUCCUUCAAUCGCAAGCUCGAUGCGGAAGCAUAUUUGAAACGAGUCAAUGACCGCAUCGCCGGUGUGAUCAUUGCAGGAGAUUACGAAGGCGGCGCAAUUCUGACAUGGGAGACACCGCCUGGUCUAUCUGACGGCGACACGUCUCGUUUGGUGCCGUACCUGGACAAAUUUGCCGUGUUGAAGAAAAGUCAAGGCGCCGGCGGUGUGGCCGACAUCGUCUUCAACGCCAUGGUGAGAACAUGUUUCCCCGAUGGAGUCUGUUGGCGGAGUAGGAAAGAUAACCCUGUGAAUAAAUGGUACUUUGAGCGGUCGAGAGGGACCUGGAAAAUACCGGAAACCAAUUGGACCAUGUUCUGGACGACGCCAGGGCUUUUGGAGCCCCAGAAGAGCCAAGUUUUUCUCGACUAUGAGAGUGUCUGUCGGACUGUGAAGCCGACUUGGGCUGAUGGGAAGGAAAUCGCCGACUAA